AUGAUAAAAGAUGGUCAUUUGUAUAUGGAUGUUAUGUAUACCACAGAAGUCUUUCUUGUCUCAAUUCUCUUGUUUCUCAUUUCUUUUAAUUCUCUUUCUCCUCUUUUUCUUUCUAUUUUUUUCUUCUCCUUUCCUCAUUUCUUAACUCUUUCCUUUCUCUUUGUCUCUUACAUUUCUUUUCUCUCAUUCUUUUCUCCUCUCUUUCUUCUCUCUUUUCUUUCUAUUUUUUCUUCUCCUUUCUCCUUUUCUCAUCUCUUAACUCUUUCCUUUCUCUUUCUUCUUAAUUCUCUUUUCUCUCUCAUCUCUUUCUCCUGUUUUCUUUCUAUUUUUUCCUUCUCCUUUCUCUUUUUCUCAUUUCUUAAUUCUUUCCUUUCCCUCUUACUUUUAAUUCUCUCGUCUCUCUUAGCUCUUUCUUCUCUCUUUUCUUUCUAUUUUUUCUUCUCCUUUCUCCUCUUCUCAUCUCUUAACUCUUUCCUUUCUCUUUGUCUCUUACUUUUAAUUCUCUUUUCUCUCUUUCUCCUCUCUCUUUCUUAUCAUUUAACUCUUUUCUUUAUCUUUUUUUUUUUUUUCACUUGUUUUUUUUCUUCUCCUUUCUCUUGUCCAGUAAACUUUUUCUUUAUAUCUCUCAUUUUCUUUGUCUUUUCUUUUUCUUGUAUUUCUGUUCUUUCUAUCCAUCUCUUCUUUUCUCCCAUGUCAACAUCUCAAUAUCAGACAUUGCAUUAA